AACUGUCAUUAUCAAGGUGAUGGCAACUACCGAUACCCCAGCAGCAAUAGAGAUUGCAAGCCUACAUGAUCUUCACGCGGAAGCUGCAGCGAUACAAACCCACUUCAAAGACAAAGAAUCGGAAUUCAACUGGGAAGCCCGAGAAUCCUCCAUAAUACGACUUCGAGCAAUACUUCACGGAAACGCUAGUCAAACUUGGCCCGAUGAGUUCGCUCAUGACAUACACAACUUGACAGAUGCAAUCCUCAAAGGCCUUCAAAGCUUGCGAACUACACUAUCAUUGGCAACCCUUGCAUUGAUAGCAGAUUUAGGAAGUUACCUUGGAUCUCAUCUAGAUAACUAUACCUUUGACACUUUGUUGCAAAAUCUGUUGCGUUGCGCUCUCCUGUCAAAGAGACUGGUCUCAACCGCCUCCAUGACGGCUACGGUCACCUUCCUGACAGAAACUCCAUUCCACUCCAAGGUUAUGUCACAUAUUUCGGCUCUCUCUAAUGACAAGAGUAUUCAAGCCAGACAGUUUGCUUUUGCAUACGCUUGUUCUUUUGCACAAGCACACGGGGCUAAAUCAAAAGGUCCUUUCGAAAAAAGUGGAGGAAUAGAUCUUUUUUCCAAAAUGAUUCAAAAGGGACUAUCAGAUGCAGCUCCAGCGGUACGAAGUUCAGCUAGAGAGGGGUUUUGGGUAUUUCAAUCUCUCUGGAAGGAUCGUGGAGACAAGUAAGUUUGUUUUAGAAGCAAGGCUUCAUGAGAUCACACAGCCGUUUUGAUAUUAAUUGUUACUCGCGGCCAGAUUGCUCAAAUCUCUAGAUCAAGCUUCACAGAAGCAAUUGCUGCGCAACAAACCUGGAUCAGCAAACACCGACCCUUCUAAGUUACAAGCUAGCAGAACCGCAUCGUCGAGCAGUAUAGGAUCGAAUGCUUCCAAACGACCCACUUUAAAAACAUCUAAUA